GCUACCCCCCAUACGUCACGCUGACAAACUAGAAACGAAACUAAGAAAACAAGAGCGUGCGGAAAUCGUUUGCAUCUGUAGUGCGAAGCGAUUUUUUUUACAAUUGACCGGCUGACCAAACAACAAAAUUAUAAUCAUUCCCUUGGCAAAGCAAGCACACAAAUUCAAAAAUGAGUGACGACUUUCUGAGGAAACCAUUUUCAUUGGCGCCCGCGCCAGCCGCUGAAGAAGCAACAACAUCAAACUACACACCGGGUGCAAGCAAAUUUAGUAGUGCUCCGGUCUCGCCAUACCUCAACUACGAUUCCCGCUUCCUGCAGCAGGCACAGCCCGAGUUCAUCUUUCCGGAAGGAGCCAACAAGCAGCGUGGCCGUUUUGAGCUAGCCUUCUCACAGAUUGGCACUUCGGUUAUGAUUGGCGGAGGCAUUGGCGGUUUAGCGGGAGUAUACAAUGGUUUCAAAGCCACCAACGCGCUCAAUCAGACGGGAAAACUGCGGCGAACUCAGUUAAUCAACCACAUUAUGAAGCAGGGUUCUGGAACGGCGAACUCUCUAGGGACCCUGGCGGUGCUGUAUUCGGCGUGCGGUGUGCUUUUGCAAUACGCUCGUGGCGAGGAUGACCAUGUUAACACAAUAAUUGCGGGCUCUGCUACAGGCCUGCUGUACAAAUCCACAGCUGGCCUACGGAGGUGUGCACUUGGUGGCGCUGUUGGGCUAGGCAUCUCGUCGCUCUACUGCCUAUACCUGUUAGCGCAGGAGAGAGGCACCAACUCAAGUCCAAAAUUCCUGUAGAUAACGAUGGCUAAGCUUGCCAGGCACGAGCACACAGUAGACGCUUGUGUAGACGCUUCGAUGGGCUUGACCACGUAAUAUGAAGUUUUGUUUUAUAUUAUAAAUACAUAUAUAUCUUAGGUUUAUCUGGA